CGAAUUAAACAAUUAGAACAACAAUUAGUUGGAGGUGAACAAGCAGGGAAUGAAGCACUUAAACAAAAACGUGUAAGAAAAAUUAAAGAGGCGGAAACAAAAAUGCAAAGACUUGCUGAAGCACUGGAAAUGCACAAAGACAAAGAAGAUCCUUUAUUACAUGUUUACCAAAAUACACAAGAAAAGUUGGAUGCUUUAGUUAAAGAAUAUAAUAAAGAAAGAUUAAAAGUCCAAUCAAUGGAAAAAGAAUUGGAAGACUUAUCAAAUGAAUUUGAGCUGGAUCGAUUAGAUUAUUUAGAAACAAUACGUAGACAAGAUCAACAAUUGAAACUCUUUCAGCAAAUACUUGAAAAUACUGCUGCCAUUCGAAAAGAAAGUAAUUAUGCAAAUUUGGAACGUGUAAAAAGAGAGGCUAUUUGGGAUGAAGAAGGUGAAAGGUGGACAUUACCUGAGUUGAGUAUUCGUCAACAAGCACUGCCAAAUUCAGUAUCACCAGCUAUUUCAUCAGAAUUAAAUGGUAGUGGAUCUGAUUCAAUAACAUCAAAAUAUAGCGGCUCCCCCAUAGAAGAUUCUGAAUCAAAAUUAAAGAAACGCCUUGAUGAAAGUAUGGAUAAUGAUUUUGUACAAAAAUUCUUUAAGCCAAUAACUCGUCAAAACAUUCUUGACAAAUACAACCCUGAAAAACAUAAAAUGAUUGCAGAACAACGUAAAAACCAAAUGUUAGUUAAUGGAGUAGUUUACGCUGAUGCAAUUUAUGACCAAUCCCAAAGGCAUAAAAAUGGGGGCACAUCUCAAAAUAAUCCAUCGGCUACUCGACCUAUUAGCGCUGCUCGAAAACCUCCACAAAGGCUUGAAGCAUUAAAUGUUUCUAGAAAUAAAUCAUUUCAUUAA